UCAUAAACCAAAAUAAAGAAUUAGAUCAUAUUUAGGAACACUCUGUAUAUAAAGUGCACAAAUUUUUACCACCCGCACGUGAGUAAGGGAGGCGUUGCAUUGGGGAAAAAAUGACCCCCCCACUUUUUUGACGGAAAUACACGUUUAGAAGCACCAGGAAUACGAAUCAAACAAAAUCUCGAUGAUGUCGGCCUAUCUGUCGGUCGGUCUGUACUCGCAUUUCCGGCUAAACGGUUGAACCGAUUGGAACCAAAAUUGAUGCAAGCAUUUUUAAACAUAAAAGGGCAUAAUCGCCAAUGCGCAGAUGUGCGGGUGGUAUCUGUGUAAAGACAUUUUUCAAAUUGAAAUGGAUCAAGUUCUACAAAAACUUGAUCCCAAAUGGGGUUUUAGACUUUUAGUCUGUAUGUAAACAAUCUCACAGUACCUACAUAAAUAUCGCAAUCUGGCGCCAGUGGCAUUAUGUAACUGUCUGUACCAGUUUUCGCACAUUGUCUCUUGUUAAUGAACGGAUUGUCUCCAAAUGUUAGAUUGAGAAACGUAUGUUACGAAAUGCUUAUUGCAAUAUGUGUCUCAGUACCUACCUGCUUUACACAACCGAAUGGAUCCAAGCCAAUUAAUUAAAAUUGGAGGCAAAGGAAUUUUAAUCACAAACACUAUGUAACGAAAAUUGCCCUUAAGGUUCUCCGCAUCUUUCCUGAGCGAAUUUUUUUUUUAAUUUUGUCAAUUCCCAGUCUUUAUUUUCUUCGGAAAAUGUGACCGAAACGUCAAUCGCCGAAUGUUGUUAAUCAAAAAUAGUACAAAAGCAAGUGAGAUCGCCAACAAAUUGCAAUUGCAGAGCUAAAUAUCAUCUAUAAAUAACACGAGCCAGCUAAUGAGUGAAACGAUAUGCUAUUGGUUUGGCAAACAGACAUCAAAUUUGGUAUAAGUAUAAGUAGUACAAAAAGUAUUUGAUAGCCCAAUUUGAAAAUAAUGUCGCGCCCGAGUUCCUCAAAGUACAACUGGCAAAAACCUCAAACAAGGUUUUAUGAGAACAAUUAUGGCUUUGGUUCCAGUUUUUAUAGGCCCAUGAUUGAUUACAUUGAGAAAAGAGCGAAAGGAGUUCAUGCAAGGCAUCCCCUCCUACCCAGAGACUUGGAGCACUACAGCAGGUCGAGAAAAUUAGUGCAAAGUUAUAGUGAUCCGGACCUUGCACGACUAUCGGAACGUGCCAGUGUGCGAAGGGACUUGCGCGAAUACAGAUUUAGUGGUUUUGAAUUGAGUAAAUCAGUUUCGGCGGCGUCUUUAACCGAUAAAGUGAAGAUCGAAAAGGGUCGAAGAAAAAAACAGGAUCUUUGUAGGCAAAUUAGUAAAGUGAGAUCGAAGAUGGCAGACGCUCUGGAUUAUGAUCCUGAUCUUGAUAGAGAAGUCGAACGUGAACUGAAGGGAAUGCAAAGACACUUACGUGGAAAAUCUGCGAAGUGCAUUGAGGAUCAAUUGUUAUCCAAAAGUAGAAAGAAGAUCGCAGAGCAUAUCGAAAGCGAUCUUAGUAUGGGCCAACAAGUCAAUAUUAAACGGAGGGUGAAAAUUAUCAAUCGAAGUGUUAGCGAUUGUGUGGAUGAGAAUAUCACCCAGCCAUUGAGUCAACUCAGUACCGAUUUGCAAGGCUUUAGUAGAAAAACUACCGAUUUUUUCUACGAUAAAAGGUAG